AUGAAAUUGGCAGUAGGAAACCUUCCUUCCAAUCGGCUGGCGUUGACGAACAGAGUUUACAUCAGUGAACACAACCUCAGUCAAAUUGCUCUCUAUUAUGAGAAAAACAAUGUUCCGACGGGCAAGACCAUGCUGGUCGACGUGAAUGGCCAUCCUUAUCAAGUGGAAGCCAAUUCUCAAGUGCCUGAUGAUCAAGUGGCCUUGAAUGGUUUGCAGCGUCGGUAUUUGCAGCUCUCCUUGAACACUUCGGUCUCCAUUGCUCCCUUUGUGCCAUCGUCCAGCGUUGCCUUGGCCUCGUUGGUAAUAACCGUGGAUUUGCUAGCCAAGAAAAAGCCGGAUCCAAAGGCCAAACCCAAGGAAAUUGAUACCAAUCGUCUGGCCCAAACUGUCCUCUUAGUUCUAGAAGAACAAAUGAUGGAACCUGGCCGACUCAUUGCCAUUGAUUUUGAAGGUACCAAAUUGGAAUUGGGCGUCAAGCACAUGGAAACCAUCAAGGUUAGCAAAAAGAAGAAAAAGGAAAAGGGCAGCGAUGAACCUGCGGAAUCUUGCAAACUAGGUCAACUCUUGGGACCUACAGCCAUUUCCUUUACGAGAGCCGAGGGGGGCGCAGUGUUGGCAUUCACGGGGGAUUUCAUUGCCGAUGGCGGAGGUGGCGGAGCUUCCAACUUGUUCACUGGUGACUUUGAUUUUGCAAAGCUUGGAAUUGGUGGUUUGGAUGCCGAAUUCAAUCAAAUUUUCCGUCGUGCCUUUGCCAGUCGUAUUUGGCCAGCCCACAUUAUCAAGCAAAUGGGCAUCAAUCACGUACGUGGUAUGCUCUUGUUUGGACCACCAGGUUGUGGUAAGACAUUGAUUGCCCGACAAAUUGGAAAGGCUUUGAACGCAAGAGAACCCAAGAUUGUGAACGGGCCUGAAGUUCUGAACAAAUAUGUCGGUGGGUCGGAAGAGAAGAUUCGUGAAUUGUUUGCUGAAGCCGAAAAGGAACAAAUCGAAAUGGGGGACAAUUCCAUGUUGCACAUUAUCAUCAUGGACGAGAUGGACGCUAUCUGUAAACAGAGAGGUAGCGUCAAAGAUGGAACCGGUGUCUCGGAUUCCGUCGUUAAUCAGCUCUUGUCCAAGAUUGAUGGUGUGGACUCCUUGAACAAUAUUCUACUGAUUGGAAUGACAAAUCGUAAGGAUAUGAUUGAUGAUGCUUUGCUGCGACCUGGUCGCUUGGAGGUUCACGUCGAGAUUGGACUGCCCGACGAGAAGGGAAGAACUCAAAUUCUAAACAUUCACACUCGCAACAUGGCCAAGGCCAAUCGCAUCACUCCUGAUGCUCUGGAAAAGCUUCCUCUCCUUGCCGAAAAGGCCAAGAACUUUUCGGGUGCCGAAUUGGAAGGUUUGGUCAAGGCCGCUAGUUCUUACGCCUUGACCCGAUGCGUUGAUGUCAAGGAUCUGACCAAGGCACCAGAUCUCAAGAACCUCAUGUUGCAGUACCAAGAUUUCGAACGUGCUCUGGGUGACGUCGAACCCAAAUUCGGAGCCAAGGCUACCGAGCUCAAGGCCUUUUACAGAAAUGGAUUUGUACCAUAUGGCGAUAGUUUCGAUCUUCUCAUGGGGAACUUGGAGCGAUUGGUGGAACAAGUUCGUGUCAGCGAUCGAACGCCACUGAUGAGCGUCAUGCUCAAGGGCCCAAACUUUUCCGGAAAGACUGCUAUUGCCGCCAAGUUGGCUGUGGAUUCUGGAUUCCCAUUUGUGAGAAUGAUCUCUGCCGACGAGAUGAUUGGUUACGGAGAUUCUUCCAAAUGCCAACAAAUUCACAAGGCUUUUAUGGAUUCCUACAAAUCACCACUUUCUAUUAUAUUUAUUGAUGAUAUUGAACGUAUCAUCGACUAUGUUCCAAUUGGUCCAAGAUUCAGCAAUGCAGUCUUGCAAACACUAUUGAUUCUGCUCAAGAAGGUUCCUCCGGAUGAUGGACGUCGCCUCAUGGUCAUCGGAACGACAUCGUGCCCAGAACUGUUGGAAGAUUUGGGUCUUGUUUCUGCCUUUGGCGUGACACUGACAGUACCUCUCUUGGAGGAACCCAAGGAUGUCAUUGAAGUCUUGAAGGUAGCCGCCAAUAUGGGCGAAAAGGAGGCCAAAUCGAUUGCAAAGGCCAUUCGCGACAAGCCAAUUGGUAUCAAGAAGUUGCUGAUGGUUGCCGAAAUGGCCAAACAGGGAUCAGAAGGCAGUCGGGUGGAUGUCAGUAUCUUUAUGGAAUGCCUUCACACUGUUGGGUACUAG